AUGCGAUCUGCAAGCAUAUGCGAUCUGCAAGCAUAUGCGAUCUGCAAGCAUAUGCCAGAUGCGAUCUGCAAGCAUAUGCCACAUUCGAUGUGCAAGCAUAUGCGAUAUGCAAGCCUAUGCGAUCUGCAAGCAUAUGCAAUCUGCGAGCAUAUGCCAGAUGCGAUCUGCAAGCAUAUGCCACAUUCGAUGUGCAAGCAUAUGCGAUAUGCAUUUUUCAUAUGCGAUCUGCAAGCAUAUGCGAUCUGCAAGCAUAUGCCAGAUGCGAUCUGCAAGCAUAUGCCACAUUCGAUGUGCAAGCAUAUGCGAUAUGCAAGCCUAUGCGAUCUGCAAGCAUAUGCAAUCUGCGAGCAUAUGCCAGAUGCGAUCUGCAAGCAUAUGCCACAUUCGAUCAUAUGCGAUCUGCAAGCAUAUGCAACCUGCAAGCAUAUGCCAUAUGCAAUCUGCAAGCAUAUGCCAUAUGCGAUCUGCAAGCAUAUGCCAUAUGCGAUCUGCAAGCAUAUGCUAUGCUGUGCUAUGCUAUGCUAUGCUAUGCUAUGC